AUGCCCCGCACCGCCGCAGUCCUCGCAGGCAGCGCCGCAGCCGUCGGCGCCUGCCACCUCGCGGCCCGGUCGUUCGUGCCCGCGGCCCCUGGGGCGUUGGCGGCCCGCGGCGUGGCGCCGGCGCAGGCCUCCCAGCUCGCCAGCAGCGCUGCCUCCCCGCCCGAGGCCUCCGCCCUGCCCGCGGCGGCGCUGCUGGGCCUCGCCGGCGCCGCCGCGGCGUCCGCCGCGCGCGGGCGCACCGCGCGCCGCGCCGAGCCCGUGUCGGCAGCAGCGGCCGGGGCGGCAGCUGCGAAGGCCGCCGCCGCGGCGGGCGCGGCGAAGACGGCGGGGGCGGUGGCCGGCUCCGCGGGCGCCGGGAGCUUGGCCACCGACGGCGGGGAGGGCGCUGGGGCCAGCGCCGGCACGAGGACCUCGUGGGACCCCGCCAGCCAGAUCGGAGCCCAGCCGCCGCUGGGCUACUUCGACCCCGCGGGCUCCCCGGCGCUGUUGAUCCAGCCGCCCCGAGGCAUGCCGGGGGUGAUGGCGGCUGGGGAGGCGAGACGGUGCCUCGGGAGCCAUGCGGUCGGGUGGCCCAGGUUGCCCUGA